UCUUCGAUCCACAACAAAAGAUGUUGGAAUAUCCCCAAAAUCAUAUCAAACAGAAAGAGAUUUAUUUAAUAGACUUGCAGAAGAAAAUCAUGAUUUCGCUGAAGCAUUGAUUGUACGAAAAUGGUUACAAGAAAAAGCUCCACCAUUUAAUCCAGUGGAAACACAAUCAGAACUUUGGGGAUUUACUCGAGAUUAUAUCAUGUACACUUUAAAAGAUACGGAAGGCAAUAAAUAUCUUGACCCGGAUGGUCCAUACAGAAAUGGAAUUCCUCUUCAUCAUUCUGAUCAG